AUGCAUGUGAAAGGACAUAAACUCGAAGUGUAUCCAGGUUCACCGGAGAAGACGAGGGACAGCCUCCUGCCUAAGCUUGCAGUCAAGCCAUGGAUUAAACCGUAUCCACCGGAUUUAAUUUUGCGCAACGCUCAAGUCGUCGACCCCGAGAGAUCGUCCCUCGUGCAGGGUCUACAGGACGUGCACAUCCGGGAAGGUCAUAUCGUGUCAAUUAUUUCCAGUCAACUGUACAAUGCAAUAUCAGGCAAUGAUCAUGAGCAAUUUCCUAGCAUCGUUGAUCUUGGGGGGAAAUAUCUAUGCCCAGGUCUCAUUGACUGUCAUGUCCAUGUCACAGCAGUGCCAGGAGUUAAAACAGUGACUGAGAUGGCGCGGUUGCCCGAAGAAGCGAUCAACUUAAGGUCAACAUAUGCACUUCGAGAAAUGUUAUUACGUGGUUUCACUACUGUCAGGGACACAGGCGGUGCGAGCAAGGUUCUAGCCGACGCUGUUUCUGAAGGAUUAAUCCUUGGACCAAGACUAAUUCAAUGCGGUAAAGCGCUCUCUCAGACUGGAGGGCACUCUGAUUUCGGGCCGGCGACUCGUAACACUGGCUGUUGUGGAGGGCAUGUUCAAUCAUUGGGUCGUACUUGUGAUGGUGUACCAGAAGUCCUGAAAGCUACCCGUGAGGAAUUGAAGGCAGGCGCUGAUUUUAUCAAGGUUAUGUGUGGAGGAGGCGUAGCGUCUCCAACCGACGCUAUCGAGACUAUACAGUUCACUGCGGAAGAGAUUCAAGCCAUCACCACGACCUGUAGGCACAUGGGUAGCAGACACACAACAGCGCAUGCAUAUACUGAUGCGUCUGUACUUCAUGCGAUCAAGAAUGGAGUGAAAGGUAUCGAGCAUGGAAAUCUGAUAAGCUCCGAGACGGCCAAACUGCAAGUGUUAUUUCCCGGUCUCCUGGCCAUGAUUAAUGUGAAAUACAGGAUGGCCGAGAAGGAUUUUCUUCCUCCUGACUCGAAGGCGAAGAAUGAACAAGUUAUGGAACAUGGUUUGGAGGCACUCAAAAUCGCGGAUGAAGCCGGUGUGACUGUUUGCUACGGUUCUGACCUCUUGACGUCCUUGCAAGCUCUGCAGACUGAGGAGUUCACAGUUCGGUCCUCCGUUCUAUCAUCACCGAAAAUUCUCAAGCACGCAACAACUAACGCCGCAUUGAUGCUCGAUGACGUGAAGAUUGGGCGCGUCGCUCCAGGUGCCUACGCUGACAUGAUAAUUUUGGACGCCAAUCCUCUCGAUGACAUAACUGUGCUGGAUUAUCCAGAAUAUCAUCUCUUUGCAGUCAUCAAGGAUGGCAGGGUAGUAACCAGCAGGAUCAACGAGUUGCAAGCCGAUGUACUGUAUUGA